AAUGAAUUUCUAGGUGUUUAUAGCAAAGCUCCAGAGAGAGGCGAAGACCAGAGUAAAGAGGCUUGAACAUUGAAGGCUUUCGUCCGUGAAGCAGCAAAACAAGUGCGCUGUCGUUUCUUCGAUUCACUUUUUGAUAUCUUGGCAAUCGGAAUCGGUUAGGUUAGGGAAUGGGGAGGAACAAGAGGGAGUCGGCGACGACUCGGGCGGUGAAUUCGGUGUUCGCAUUCGUAAGAUUCGCAGAGUUUGAGAUCCUCUUCGUUCUUUUCUUCAUCAUCGCUUUCGUCCUCUUCAAAGAUCUCACUUCAAGACCUGAAUACAAUCAGAUCCUUGUAAAGAAUCCUGGUGGACCUGAUGUAUUGCCUUAUUAGUUGGAGGUGUUUCUGGGUGUAUGAACAUCUUUUUAAUCAGCGUCAAUUAGGGGAGAUUCUGUCAACUCUUGUGACUUCAUAGUUCGUAUGUGUGUUCAUAAGGAAUCCAUGUGAGACCAUUGAGUAUAUGUAUUUGUAUUUUUAUAUCUGUGUUGAUUCAGGCUUCUGAAAUGAUGCAUCAGUAGCUGUGUUUGUUUGUUCA